GCCACUCGACGCUGCUACUGCUGGCCUGUUCAAACUGCCGAUCACCAUUACCUUAGGUUCAAUCAUUUACAGGCUUACAGCUCUAGUUUUGUUCUUCUUCUUGUUCUUAUUAUUGUUUUCCUUUUCUUAUUCUUUGUGGACUCUGUACCGAAUUGUUCUUGGAUAGACGAUAUAGACCGAAACCUGCUGUUAUGUAUUUGAAGUUCAACCACAAAACCUGCGACUAAAGCUGGGAUGGCAAAUGCUGGACUACAUGCUUAAUCAAGUUCUAGGAAUAAAAAGAUGACUCGUGAGAAAGAAGAUAUUAGUUGGAAACACUGUACAGCAGUGCUAUAUGGAAAUCGUGGAAAACAUGAAAGUGUGCUUAAAUGUAAUUAUUGUGGAGCAACAUACGUUGCUUAUGGCGGGGUACAUCGGAUAAAGCGACACCUGGCAAAGAUGGGCAAGAAUGCAAAACACUGCCCAAAUGUUCCUCCUGAAGUUGCAGACCUGAUCAAGCGUGAUCUUGCAGAAAAUGCUCAGAAGAAGCGACAACAACAAUCUACUGGAUCUGAGCAUAUACAGAUUACAGAUAAUUAUAAUUCUACUAAAAAUCAAAGAAAAGAUGGCAGGAAGAAAGAGCAAUUUGAAAUCCAAGACAGAACCGAAGAAUUACUUAAGUGCCAGCCUACUCAGAGUGUGCAAGGGGCCAAAGAAGGAUCCCAAUUUCAAGGAGCCUCAUCUGACGUGGUACAGGCCAUGAUGGAUGAGGAGAUUCCCCCAUCAAACACAGUCAUGGAAGUUGAGGCUCAUCCAGAACCUGAACAGGAGACAAUUGAUGGAAUUCUAAAAAGGUUAAGAAAUAUUGAGGCCCAACUGCAACAACUGCAACAUCUUCAAGCCCUUGAGUCUAAAGUACAGAAGCUGAAGCAAUUAAUAAGCACACAAUUGAUGGAAUACAAGUCAGAAAUGCUCCAGGGGUUCACUUCACUGUCACUCCAAAUUCAAAGAUCUUCUGCAAUGCCUGAAGCCAACAUGGCCCACACCCAAGAGGCAAACAAUUUCCAGACAAAUGUGUUGUUUCCACAUGCUUCAGAUUUUCCUUCUUUCACCGAAUUGGAGAAAAAAGCAAUUGUAUAUGCUUUAUUUAACCCCAAUGGACCAUUUGAUGAAAAUUUGGUAAUUCUAUGGACGUCUCACCUAACAAGGUCUGAGCUUCUUUGCAUGAGGGAUGGUAAUUGGGUUUCUAGUGCUGUUAUGAACUGCGUGAUGGAUGUACUAGUGCAUGAACAGUUAGCUAAUGGUUUGGUAAAACGUCAUUACUUUCCCUCAUAUUUUGCGGAAAAGAUUCUAAAAGAUGAACCCCCAAGUCUAGAGGAGUUGAAAGCUUUUUAUCAAAGUCUACUUAAAUAUGAUCUGUUGCAAUGUGAAUUGUUAUUCAUUCCCCUUUGCGUUGACUCCCACUGGUUCGUAUACGUCAUAAAUCUAAGGGAUAAGAGAGUGGAGGUUCUUAACAGCUUACCAAUGGAUGGAUUCACUAUAGAGCUGAAGUAUCUUCUUAGAAUGAAAGAAACUUGUAACGACAUACUGAGUAGCUUGAGUGGAAGACCCAUGGCAAUUACAGAAUGGCCUGUGCUACUUCCCGAACUUCCAAUUCAAAAAUCCGAUUGCGAUUGUGGUAUAUUUGUGAUAUGUUAUAUGGAGUAUUGGGAUGGACGGUUAAUGAAGUCCUUUGCACAGGAUGAUAUCCCAUACUUCCGCAUGAAGGUUUUGGCUGAUCUAUUGUUGCAUCCAGAAAAUAAGGUGGUAAUUAGGGAUGGUUAAAAUUCCCACUGAAGCAGAAUUAGGAGCUAUUUUGCAAGCUAUUGCUCGGUUUCAGGGUUGGGAAUCUUUAAUGGUCUUUUUCUGAUGCGAAAAAUGGUGUCUAAUCUUCAGGGAAAAGAAUCUUCAAUUUUUUGAUCUUUUUGUAUCUGGCUUGAUAAAAUAUUGUUUUUUAUUUAAAACUCUUAACGUCUCUUUUGUAUCUUAGUCUAGGUCAUACACCAAAGAGCUGCUCAUGUGCUGGCCCAGAAGCCAAAAUUUAUGUAAACAUAUUUUUUAUUAGUUAAUGAUAUUUCA